UUUACUCUGUUGUUUUAGCGCCAAAGCUACAGUUCAAUCCGUUACUCAAAGUGAAUAUUUUUCUAAGAAUAAUCAAAAGUUAUUGCCAUUAUUUUUGUUUGGAAAGCUUUAAAUUCUUUCUUCUGAAUUCAUCAAAAUGAGUGCACACGCUGUAGCCGAUGUAAAAAUACCUGUUGCGCUAACGCAUGCCUCGUCGGAGAAAAUAUCUCGCCAUGAGAUGCUGCGUUGGGUGAAUACCACCGUACAGGCUGAAUAUACAAAGAUUGAGGAUCUAUGCUCGGGUGUUGCCUAUUGUCAAAUGAUGGAAAUGAUCUUUCCACAUUCAGUAGGAUUGAAAAAGAUCAAGAUGAAUCCAAAGUUAGAGCAUGAGUAUGUGCACAAUCUUAAACUCUUUCAAAUGGCUUUCACACGCAUCAACUAUGAAAAGUCGGUGCCGAUAGAACGUUUAAUAAAGAAGCGUUUUCAGGAUAAUUUUGAAUUUUUACAAUGGUUUAAAAAAUUUUAUGAUGUUCAUGCAGCUGGUAAGGAAAACUUAAAAGUUCCAAUUACACAAAAACCACAAGUGCCACAAGCUAUGAAACCAGCGAAAAAGGCAUUAAAUAAAGAUGGGGGACCGGCAAUGACACCACCAACGGCGAAUUCUACACGUCUCAAUGAGGAUGAGGCUAGUACACCGAAAACAGUGCAAGCUUUGCAGGAGACUAAGGAAAAGCUGACGGAACAGACUGCAAUAUUGCUGAAUGAGAGGAACUUUUAUUACAAUAAACUACUUGAAGUAGAGAAGGUUUUAAAGGAAUUCACGGAUCGUAGCGAAUUAUGUGAACGUGCUAUGGCCAUAUUAUAUGCUACGGAUGCUGACAUCCAAAGCGCCGGAUUUAAUGAACCUGUUUGUCAUACAGCCGAAUUAUAAUUUAAAUGUUAAGUAUAAGUGUAUUACAUAUCUUAUUAUGAAGUUUUAUUUAUACUAGAAUCCAUGCUCAUAACAUUACUUCUGUCUGUUAGUUGUAUAUUUAAAUGUUACAUAAUAAAACUUAAUUUUUCAUUUAUUUAAA